UGCGAGAAAUGGGGAUCUCAAUUUAACUAUAGAUACAACUCAUACGCCGCCCCCGCAUCCAAUAAAGUGGAAAUGCACCUCUUCUUACCUUCGAGCUGUCGUCGGGCAAGAUGAUGCUCCCAUUGAGCCUCUGGUUGCUGGCAGUCUCUGGAGUCAAGGGCCAGCAAACGGGCAAUCAUCCUGAAUGGAACCGAUGGUGUGGAAAAGUGUACGAAGCCGGAUACCCGGCGUUCGACCCCGGCGGCCAGACUCUGCCACCUACUCCCGUCCCGGGGCCGCCUCUGCUGGACGUGCAGUUCAAGCCGCGGUACAGCCUCUACUUGGACAGCGAGGAGACAGGCGAGUUCGUCGUGAACGCGCCCCUGACCCAGUUCUUUGGGAAGCCGUGGCCGAACUCGACGGCAGAGCAGUUCGUCUUCUCCAUUAAUCUCGUCUCGAACAACGAACCUCUUGUCGAGAACCGAAUUGCGGUAAACUCGACGGGCAAUGUCUUUGGCUUUGACUUGUCGCGCCUGACGGCCAGUCUCAAUCCUAUCGAGGUGGUCCUGUACGGCGCCCCUGAGGGGGGCGACCCGACGUGGACGGCGACGAGCGAGCUGUUCUACCUCCCCGAAAAGGCCGGCGGCAGCGUCACCAAGCUGGACAACCUGAAUGGGGGCAUACUCUUCCGGAACGGGGCGUCCAACAACACGUUCGAGCCCCUGCUCGCCUACGGCUUCUACUCGUCAUACGACGGCUUCCUGCGCAACGUCUCGCAGAACGACACGUCGGCGCUGCGGCAUUACGCCGACCUGGGCCUCAACGCUAUAACGCCGCUGACCAACUAUGCCGACUCGCCCGUCGUGUUCGACGUCCUGGAUCAGAUGGACCUGAAGUUCAUGUUCGAUAUGCGCGAGUUCUACAAGAACCUGACCAUGGUCCAGGAGCAAGUCAUCCGAGCGAGGGACGCAGAUGCGAUAUUCGCAUACUGGACAGCGGACGAACCCGACGGCUGGCAAGACCCCUUCUCCGCCCCCAUCCUCGCCUACGACCUCGUCCGGCGCCUCGACCCGUACCACCCCGUAGCCGUCGUCCUCAACUGCCAGGACUACUACUUCGGCAACUACUCCUCGGGCGCCGACAUGCUCAUGUCCGACGUCUACCCGAUCGGCAUCAACGCGACCUUCUCCAAGUGGGGCACGGCCUGCAACGCCACCCUCGGCGACUGCGGCUGCGACGGCUGCGCCGGCAACCCGCAGGACGUGUCCCGCCGCCUCGACGGCAUGGCCGCCCGCGAGCGCGCCCUGAACCUCUGGGCCAAGACGAAAGUCCACAGCCCCCAGAGCUUCCACGGCGAGGACUAUUGGCUCCGCGACCCCAGCCCCGCAGAGGAGCGCGCCAUGGCCGUGCUGGCUCUCAACCACGGCGCCCAGGCCGUCGUCUCGUGGGUCUACCCGGCCAGCGACGUCCUCGCCGCCGCCCACGGCGCCCUGGCGGCCGUCCUCGCCGCCCAGCCGGUCGUCGGGUUCCUGGUCGGCGGGGCGAGGCCUGUCCCCGUGGCGGUGGACGCCGACGUGGACGUCGUGGACGCGGCGUACUGGGUUGUCGGUCGGCGGGCGCUGGUCUCCGUCGUCAACGGCGGGUACGUUGACGUCGACGGCCCCGUCGUCGUGCCCGUGCCCGGCGCGGUCCGCGUCGCGAGCAUCCCCUGGUCGGCUGACGGGGAGGUGGCCUGGGAGGUGGUCGGCGAGAGGCUCUCGGCGCCGCGGCUGCCCGCGCUGUCUACGAGCUUGCUGAUUCUGGAUUUGGAUGGGGAGUGAAGGGGCUGGUCUGGCUGGGUAGCAUCGUGUUCGGCGGAGCAUGCUGUUUGGACUGCUAUUCGGCGUGUGUGUAGAUAGUUGGCGAAGCCCAUGCGUUUUAAUAUCUGGAAGCAGAAAAGGAGGUGUGUUGAGAGGCUCUCGGAGGUAGUCGGGGUCGAGCUGCUCAGGGGAAGUUGCCGAAGCACCUCGAAGCGAAGUUCUGCGUGCUAGAGAAUCAGUAACACCAGAUCUGCCUUAUACGGCUCUUCCUGCCAACUCUGCCUCACUAUCGGCCUCCUUUAAGCAGCGAGUAUUUGGAGAGACAAGGCUCUGCAUCUUUGGAGGUGCAUGUAUGUCCCCGGGACUCGAUUGGCUCGUAGAUGGAGCAAGGUCUGUGCGGUAGUGAGGUCAUUGUAGAGAAUAAGUAAGUAGGGGAAGCAUAGGGAAGUGAAAUUCGGUACAGUCCCUAUGGUUUACAGGCGAGGUCUAUCCGGGGAUGGCGUGGAACAU